AUGAGCAUGCGCAUUAGAAGGUCAAUUUGGGCGAGGUCUCUACGUCAUAUCGAAUAUAAUUUUCUGUUUAUUUUCGCCGAAAUUGAAUCGGCUUCUUAGGUGUUCAGAAUGUCUGCUAACGGUGGAGAUAGUGAAACAGCCAUGCAAAAAUUUGAAUUAUAUAUCAAGGCAUCAGCUAUAGAUAAGGAGACUAAAGGUUCUUGUCCAAUCUGCCAACAAUUUUUUAUGAUGACAUGUCUGCUUGGUGAAAAUCAGGAUGAUAUAGAUUUUAAAGUUUUCACUGUUCAAGCUGAUUGUCCACCAAAGAAUUUUGCUGCUGGUUGGAGCAAAAAGUACCCUGUGGUCAUGGUGACCUCAGGUCGAAACAAGAUGGGUCAGGACAUUAGUGGAAUGAUGUAUGAUACAUUUGAGGAACUUGAAAGCUUCUUUGAAAGUAUUAACAGAGAGUGUCCAGAACUGAAAAGGAAAAAUGCUCCAAACCAAGCAGCCAUGUUAGUAGUUGAAAAUGUUUACAGGGACUUCAAUCACUUCAUUUCUGGCCAGCCGGAAAAAGGUUUACUUGGACAGUUGAAGAAGUUAAAUGAAUUUUUGGAAGGCCAGGAUACCAAAUUUUUGGUAGAUAAUGUGCUGUCAUUUGCUGACUGUCAUCUCCUUCCAAGAUUACAGCAUAUUAGAGUUGCAGGAAAGGCAUAUCGUGACUUUGACAUCCCUAAAGAGUUUACAUACAUUUGGAAAUACUUAAAGAAUGCAUAUGAACAGGAUGCUUUUAAGUCCACCAUGCCAUCAGACCAAGACAUCAUAUUUCAUUAUGAAAAGAAAGUCUCUGGUCCCCAAAGGAAGAAGGGGGGUAAAGCAACUUUAGAAAAAUUCACAUAUUCUUGUGAGAUCCCUGAAGAUGUUUUAAAAAUAAUUGGUGGGAGUCAGUCAGUUGAAGAAGUCCAAGAGACAGCAUCACCAUUGCCUGAUCCAGAACCAGAGGCUGAAGAAGAGGAACCUGCAAUAGAACCUGAGGCAGAAGCAGCAGAAAGUGGUGCUGAUCCCUCUCAUUGUGAUGCUGAUUUGGAACAAACAGAAGACACAACAGCUGAAAAUGGUAUAACUGAAGACAAUGGUGAAGCUGACCAGACACAAACAGAUGAAUGUAAUUAAUAACUGACCUCAGUCUUGACUUUCUAUUUAAAACUGUCUACAUGAAGAAUUAAAGUAGAACUUGUGAACAACCUUCAGAGUAAGCUUAGGCCUAAUGCAAGUAUGACAAAAAUAUUGGGGGGUGGGGGGAUUCUACGUAAUAAUUCUGAAACUUAUUGGUACUAGAUAUAAAAUCGGGUUGAUAGAUGAAUUGAUAAAUUAACUUGUAAUGUUCACAAAUCUGAGAAGAUAAGUUAAUUGUGUUUAGUUUAUGUAGUGACAUAUUAUUCUUAAAGACUGCUUUAUGUACUGUGGUUUUGGUUUGUUUUGUUUUAUAAAUAUUCUAAACUAAUACUCUAAAAUAGUGUUAUGAAUUGUUUAAUUGUUAAAAUAUGAAUUUAGAAACCAAGUUCUUGUAGCCAGUCUUUUUUUUUUAAAGUUUCAUGUGCACAUGUUUGUUGAACUAAUCUGCUAAUGCACAGUUUAUCCUUAGUUUAGUGGCUCUGAUUUUGAAUUAUUUCACUGGCGUCCACUGUGCAUUCUAGAUUUUUAAAUCACAACUUCAAUUACAUUUCUGAUAGUUAUCAAAUGUCUGUUCCUUUCUAGGUCCAAGUUUUAAUUGAUUUAGCAGAAUGAUUAUCUAAACCUUUUUAACUGCAGCUAGUCAUUGAAUUCCUAAAUAAUCAGGGCCCCAUGUCAAAGUAGUUACAGCUGACAAGUCCCAGUGCAUAUUUUGUUUUUAACUAUUUGUUAUUGUUGUUUUAUUCAAUGGGACCUUGACAUUUUAAAAGUCUGUGCUCACAGGUGAAUAUUUUGUUACUUUCGUUAUGUGUAAUAGUUAGAAAUGUUUUCGACAGCAUUGGCAGUGUAAUACACAUGAUGUAUCAAACACACUGUUUUCUAAUACAGAAAUUUGGCAUGGUUUUUACAAGUAUGGGUGCAUAUAAGACUGAGCAAAUAAUCAGGAUGACUUGGUGUGGCCUGGAACACAUGUUGUUCUACAUAUUUUCUUAGUGUAGUCUACACUCUUUAUAAAUUGCUCGUCUUUCAUGUCUGUCCGCCCACAUUCAGUAGUUUUCUUACAAAUUUUAGCAGUCAGUUUGGGUUAGCAUUUUGUACAUGUACUAUUUAUAUGCCAGGGUUGUUGUAUAUGAUAGCCGAGAGUGUGUUGUGAGAAAAAGCAUUGGAUGACACUUGUGAGAGUGUUUUUGGAGAAAUUGUCUAACUAAAUUGCAAUAUUAUGUUAUAUACUUUUUAUUCAACUUUUGUAUCUUAUGUAUGAUCGAUUUUGUCUUCAUAUAAUGAUUAAAGAUGGAAAAACCAGCAUAUUCAAAUAAAUUGUAACCUAGGGAUCUUCUGUGUGCCAAAUUUUUAUACAAACAACGCCUUCAGUCAUUGGGUUAACUAUUCAGGUGGGCAAAGAUAAGCAAUAAAAGCAUAGUACAUUCAAACAGGAAGUAUUUCAAUAAAUUUUAAUUUCAAUCACUAGAAUCAAUGUAUAAGAACUUGGCACACUUUGCAUUUAACUUUUUUUUUUAUGUAGGCUAAUUUAUCUAUGAGGUGUGUUGACAAUAAGGUACCAAAGAAAGUUUUUAUGACAACCUGUUGCAUAUAAAGCAAAAUUUAACCUGUGCUUAAUUUGCAUUUGGUUCAUUUUUUUUUUAAACAGCAAUUUUUGUUUGAAAUCAUGCAACUGCACCCUCAUUGUUUUUGACUAGGAAAUAAUGAUCUUGUCAAAACUAAUAUUUAGGAUCUAUAUUAUCUAACUUGUAUAACCACAGAGGCUUCAUAUUAAAAUUAUACAGCAUGAGAACUGUCAAUGUUAA